CGUUUCAUUACUAGCAGAACUUUGCAUCUCAGCGGUGGGCUUCUUCUUAACUUGCUCGUUUCGUCGCGUGGAUGCUUCCUCAAAUAAAAAGAAAAAAAAACUCAAAACCCACACAUUGAAGCAGGCUGUGCCCGGUUGUGAAAGAAAGAAGAGACGCUGAGGCCAACAAAAGAUGGAAGAGAAGUAGGCGCAGAGGGAAGAAAAUAGUGUUCAGGAGACCGAUCGAGACUUGGCGAACCUACCAGUAGUAAAGUGAACUUCAGUGGCUUUUCAGACCGCAUCUAAACAGCACGCGUUUCUGCGGAGCAGAGAAUCACAGCGCGCCAGACUCUAGCCUCCCCCCUAUAGAAAAAAAAGUUAACUUUAAGUUUUCUCAUGAAAAAGUUUAACUCCGGAGCCUACGGCGUAAAUAAAUACAUGGAUUUAACCUCCCGCGGUUUUGUGCCGACUACGUUAGAAAACAGUUAAGCGCGCGGACCGAAGUCGGUGCUCUAGAAAAAAAUUGGAGGAAACUGUUGAAAAAGUUCCUCCAUUUUGCAGAACAAAUACAGUGAAGUGCUAUCUUCCAAAAAAGAAUCGGUUUUUCGGAAGAUUCCAGUGAACGCCUACUGUGACCUUGUCCCGUGAAAAGCCUAUUGAUCGGCAUUCAAUAGGCCAGUGAGAAUAGAAGAGCGCAAAAAAAAGCAAGUGUUCACUUGGAUUGGCAGAAACAAAAAAAAAAAGUGAACAGUAGCCAGAAGAGUGCAACAGAGUGUUGUUCGUUAAAGUUGAACAAAAGGAAGUGCGGGAAGAUCCAAAGUGGAAGCUGGGUUCGGCGAGAGUGUCAUGCCGGUAAGAAAACCAUCGCCCAAAAGUAGAUCAUUCUCGAGAGUUACGACCAAUCAGCGGACAACGAAGAGAACGAUCCGUAGUUUCAGUGUCAGCAUUAGCCGGCCCAGUGACCAUCACCAGCAGUCGAAGAAAUUGAUACCGUUGCUAAGUAAAAACUUUCCAUCGACAAGCACCGCAGUCGCACGACAAAAGAACAAUAGCCUACUGCGACGACGACGACGAUUGUUGCCGUUAGUAGUUGUUGGUAGUGUUCGAACAAUAGCUCGAAUAUCAACGGCAGCAAACAAUAACGGUGGUCGCAAUAACUGUACCUUGCUAAUCCGUUCGUCCUGUUCGGGCAGUCGAAUCAAGUGAAUAAGUUUUUUGUUUCGGUUCACGAUCGGAGGAGCUAAUCCGAUCCCAGAGUCCGCACUUCCCUUGCAAGUGAAAACUGUGAAAAAAAAAAAACGAAACUCCGUUCCCCCGGUGUUCUCUCUCAGAAACGGACGGCGAGGAGUUGCGAUCUAAGGAAGCCACCGGUUUUGAGCAGUAGCUUCUCUUGAAACAGUUUGUAAAAGCAAAAAAGUUUAAGGAUCCGAAAUCCGCAGGUGAAGAAGCUGUGGAGUCAUUUUCAGCAGGCAGAAGAAUAAGCAGUGCUGAGAAUAGUUGGCAAGACACAUACGCUUGGUAGCUGCUACCUACGACGCCUAGGUAGGGCAUUCAUCGGAUUGUGAUAUAGGGAACCCCUAAAAUAAUCAAGGAAGGAACUAGAAGUUCAAACACGCUUAUCAGGUUUAAGUUAGCAACCAACAAAAUGGUUUCGAUUAAGCAGGAACCAUCCUGCUGGGAUGACAUCAAGACGAUUUCCAUCAAGCAAGAGCUAUCCAACUGGGACGAUUCUCACAACAUGGACAUCGACUGGGAGCAGGACAUUGGCAUCCAGUUCAUGGACUUGCCCACAUCGGAAUUCCUGACCAGCGCUGUAGAGCUCGAACAGACCUACGGCAGCGCCACCUGCCCCGCCAACGGUUGGGAGCAGCCGGCCUCUUCGAAGACCCAGAUCCGGAAUCACGACUGUAUGUGGUCCGGUACGUGUUUCGAUCAGUCCCAUCCCGGCAAAAUGGGCUGUGGAACCAAUCAUGGCCCCGCAAACACCACACAAGAUCAAUCGGAAGUAUCGAACAAGUUCAGCACCGUAACGGCCGUGGCCGCGGCCAGCCUGAACAACAACGUCGUAGUUUCCCAGAAACCGAUUCUGACCCCGGCAAAUACCUCGGCAAUGAACAUCAACAACAACCUCACAGCGAAAAUGGCCACAGUCAAACAGCAGAUCCCGGCAGGACGCUCCCUGCUGAUCAGUUCUCGCAUCAAGCAACAGAUGAACAGAAUACCAACCGUGUCGACAUCGGAUUUCCUGCGGGAACGGGAAACAGCGGUGCCCCUGCACAGACCAGACACACCCCUCAGCUUGGACGAAGAUCCGCCGGAGUUCAAACACAACAUCGACUUGGCCACCUGCACCAUCGGAUCGAACCGAUUAAGUUUGACAGGACAUUCGCGGCACUACAAGAACCACCAGAGCCACCACGACGACCCAUCCUCCCAUCGAAUCAUCAACAUGCUCAAGGAACACCUGGAGGACAACGAGUCGAGCAGUUUCAGGACGUGUAUGGCCAGCUCUACCGGCGAGGUCGGCUCCCUCACCGAUCUCCUGAACGAUCUGGAAGAGAUGGAAGAAAUGGAAAGCCGCGACGGAGACGAUAGCCACGGCGAAGAGCUCGACUCCGACACCGAUUCCAACGCCGACAGCAGUAGUCGAAGUAGUAGCAAAGGCGGUGGCAUAUCCGGCGGCUACACUCAUGCCCACAACCAGGAAAUGAGUCCCUCUUCCUCGUCGUCAUCCUCCUCCUCCUCCUACGAAUACCAGGGAACCCACGUCGGAGACCACAGCUACACACGACCCAAAGCCCGCUACAACCUCGCAGAACUUGGCGUCCAAACUCCGAGCGAUUCCGAGGACGAAGAAAUCGACGUCGUAUCGAUAGGUGAGAAGAACCUGCCGACGAAUCCAACGCCCCGUGACAAGCGCCACGUCGAAAGCCGGGUGGCCCUCAAGAUCCGCAAGCACCCGCAAGGCAACCCGUCGCACCACCACCGGCGCCGUCACUCGGGCGAAGACUACCCGUCGCACCAUGGCAUGUCCAGCAGCAGUAGUCAGCACAGCCCCAGCAAAUCCUACGGUUACUCGCCCAACUAUCUCACCCCGGCGUCGUCGACCAGCAUCUCCGGCUCGAACACCCCGCUGCCGCCCAACAGCAGCAGUAUAUCGAACCCGCGCAAGCGGCCCAGCAAAGACGACCGCAGCAAGAACCGCCACCAUCAGCACCGCAACAAGAAGCAACGAAUCCCCGGCAAGACGAUCGCCCGCUCGCCCGAGUCCUCCGAAGAGCAGGAAACCCUCGAGAAACGCAACCUGCACAACGACAUGGAGCGACAGAGGCGAAUCGGGCUGAAGAACCUCUUCGAGGAGCUCAAGCGGCAAAUUCCGAACCUCCGGGACAAGGAACGCGCCCCGAAAGUGAACAUCCUCCGGGAGGCGGCCGUUCUCUGCACCCGGCUCAACCGCGAACAGGAACAGCUGAACGCCCUGCGCAAGCAACAGCAGCGACUGUACGCCCGUGUUCGGCAACUGCGGACGUCACUGCACACGCAGCGACGCGUCAUGGAUUAAGCGGCAGUGAAGGAGAUGCGGAAACCAAUGUGAUUUCAAACCGUGCGUGAGCGCGAAAUGGUGCCAAUAUGCGAAUAGGAGAUAGGGAAUAUGUCGAACGGAUGAUGACAGACAGACAGACAGACAGACAGACAGCGAUCGCGAGAGAGAGAAUGAGGGACUGAGAUUUGCGCGAAAGUGCUCUGGUUCUACGUGAGACGGCGAAGCGAAAGUAAGAACACAUAUUUCACUUAGAUUUAGUACGAGAAGCGUUGAGAAAUAACCUAAAAAAAUCCUAACGAACCUUUAUUAUUUGUUUUGACAAAAGAGAAAUCUAUCCAAAAAUUAUUAACUAUAAUCGCAGCAAGAAAAAUCCAUUAAUUGUAAUAGUGUGCGACGCAGUGCGCGGGGCAGAAUGUGUGUGUGUAUGCGCGGAAAACUCAGAAAAUCAAGGCGUCAGAACCCUGCCGAAGUCGAAUCGAAACGUUGUGAACGCGCGAGUUUAUUGUUAAGCCCUCCCAGCCCAGUGUGCUUUGGUUUCCCGUGGCAACCACACAGCGAUUCCCGAGGAAUGUCUGUCAGUAUGUGUGUGCGUCUGUAAGUAUACCAACCAUUUGUUCACAAACCAAUUUCAAAAACCUAUACUUACACACGCACACACAACCACACACACAAACAAUGUUUGACCGCUGGGUUGUCAAAAUCGGGGAAAAAUCCUAUCUUUGAUUAUAACUAUUAUAUUUUGUUUUGUUAUUCAUUACACGCUAUUCUUCCAAGAGGAAAAAAAUCGAAAAAGUCAUUUUAUAACUAUUAUAAACCAGAUAAAAAGCGAUGGUAAAGAUUGCAUAUUGUACGCGGGGGAGCGCGCUGCGCCCUCUCCCCCUAUUAUUUUAUAUACCCUAAAAAGGAAAAAAGCGCUUUACAAAUAAACAAAAAAAGAUCAACAUAACAACUAAGUAACCGUUACAUUUGAUUGCGACAAACAAAAGCACGCAUGUAAAAAAGAACUAAAAUACCAUUUAAAAAAAAAACGGUAGCCAACACACACUACGAUUAUAAAAAUAACAAAACCAAGAGGAUCAGAUUAAAACAACACAAAAAAAAAUCUAUGAACUAUGUAGAGUAGGAAUGAAUUUAUUGAAUAGUAAUCUAUUUUUUCAGUUUUUGGAAAACCACACCGAAAUGAUACUGAUGAUCAUUAAUUAUCUUGUUUCUACGUAGGUUAAAACACCGCUUACUAUUGAUUCGUUUCCUAGUGUUAGAGAGAACUUUAAACUACUUUACGCAUAAAACCUAUUUCUUCUUUAUUUUUAAACAAAAAAAAAACUACGCUAGUUUAGAGCCACCCAGAGAAAAAAUACACCGCCACAAAUGUGUACAUAUACCCGCGUGAA